CAUCAUAAGCUUGGGUACAAAAUUCUAACGUGUUUUCUGAUCCUGGUUUUUGACAUUGCCGCUGGAGUACUCUGCAUUCAAGCUCAGGUUGCUCAGAGCAAGGUGGGGCACUUAAAGGUGUGGAUAUUUGAGUGUAGAAAUCCAAGCCAUGAAGCUUUCAAGCUGGUGGCCGCCGCCGCCAUGCUUCUCAGUCUCGCUCACUCCCUCUCCAACUCGCUUCCCGGAUGCGUCCGAUCCAAGGAAGAAGAAGGAGAAGCGGAACGACGACUCCACAAAUCCUCUUCUUGUAACACGCAACUCAUGGUUCUUUCCCUAGUCGCCGAGUGGAUAUUGGUGGCCCUUGCAUUGCUCUCACUGAUCAUGGGGGUGUGGGGAGACUGGGGAUCGAGAAAAAUAUGUGGCAUUCCACGCCAGCAUUAUCUAACGACCGGAGGGAUUAUGUGCUUUGCGCACGCGCUCUUCUCUCUUUCCUAUUAUUACAUGACCGCUAACAGUAGAACCGCUACUCCAAAGGAGGCGGAGAAGAAUAAUAAUAAUAAGGCUCCUCGACAAGUAAUUAGCAUCGUCUAGCGCAGCUAAUCCUUAAAUAAUAUUUGAAUAAUGCCUACUGGCGAGAACAAUGUUCAGUGAUGUUAGACAUUUAGUUUGAACAAUAUUCAAUGGCGGUAGACACUUACUUGAACAAUGACCAGCGAUACUAAAUGUGAAAAUAAAAACAUAUGGUACUA